GGACAUCUCUCGGGGCAAGAAGGUGCGCGUGGUGGUGACAUGCAAAAGGGUCAGGCGCGCAUCACAACCAUCUCGAAGAAGAUUGGGCAUGGUGUCGGAAGCAGCUGGACAACCUCCCAGUGACGAAAUGCAUGUGGCGAAUACGGAGUCGCUAGACCUCUCCAUCAGUGAUUGCACCCCGUAUGGCUGGGAAGGUGUGCACACGAGUUCAAGCUGUGGAACGAAAGGAAGCCACUGCCCCUGGAUUCUGGCCACAAAUGGGCUUCAAGGCUCUCACCGUCUCCGGUCACGAGGAUUCGCUUACACGGUCAGUGGGACAGCUCAAAGUCAAAUUUCAUGUGCGAUAUGAGUGCUAUAAGCCACCUGAGCUGCGGGUUCAAUCAGGUCGACGCACUGGCAUUUCUACCAUGGACAAGGAAAUUAUGCAAGACGAGUCUUCUGCAUUAGAUGCUGAGAAAUGUUUGACUGCCCAGGAGUUCAUUGAAGACGCGAAAACUCCCAGUUUCGAUCGAAAGGCCGAGUCGAGGGUCGUGCGGCGCAUAGACAUGCGGCUGUUGCCCGCGUCGAUGUUCAUCUAUCUGCUCUGCUUCUUAGACCGCUCGAAUAUCGGAAAUGCCAGAAUACUCAACAGCACUACGGGCGAUUCCCUGGUGCAGACAACUCGGAUCUCAAAUAAGCAAUACUUAGAUGCUCUUCUCAUCUUCAUCAUUGCCUAUGCACUUUUCGAAGUUCCUUCGAACUACAUGCUGCACAGAUUUCGCCCCAGUCGUUGGAUUGCAUUUUUAAUGGUAGGGUGGGGAUUAAUGACGAUGGUGAUGGGAGCAGUGAAGAACUUUGCGGCGCUCGUUACCGUCCGUCUUCUUCUCGGAGCUUUCGAGGCGGGGCUCUUUCCCGGAAUCGUAUACUGCUUAACGUUCUGGUAUAAGCAAGAUGAACGAGCUCUCAGAAUCGCGUUCAUUGUGGGCUGCGCGACGUUAGCGGGUGCUUUUGGCGGAGCAAUUGCGUUUGGCGUAGGCCACAUGGACGGGGUACGGGGGUUACAAGGGUGGCGCUGGCUCUUCAUUUUAGAAGGGAUACCAUCUUGCCUGUGUGCUGUUCUGGUUUAUUUCUUCUACCCCGACUUCCCCGAGACCAGCAGGUGGCUUUCAGCAGAGGAACGCGCUCUCGCUACGGACCGAAUCAAAGGGGUUGCAUCGCUGGGCCACGAAAAGUUGACAUGGGCCGGAGCGAAGGCGACCUUGGUAGACUGGCGACUCUACCUUCACCACGCAGUGAGCAUCUCGUACUCCGUGGCGUUCUCGAGCAUCACGCUCUUCACUCCGACUAUCGUGUCUGGGCUGGGAUACGAGGGUCUGACGGCCCAGCUCUUCACUGUCCCCCCAUACGCCAUCGCAUUUGUCAUCACUCUCUUCAUUGCUUGGCAAGCGGACAAACGAGGCUUGCGCUGCUGGGCCGCCUUUGCAUGCCUGAUUAUCUCGGGUAUAUGCUUCCUGGUUCAAGGUUUGCUGCCUUCGGACUCCUUCAAGGCCCGGUACGGGCUGCUAUGCGUAGCUGUCCCUUUUUCGUUUGCUAUGGAGCCACCUCUUCUCAGCUGGCUCACCGCGAACGUCCGAAGCACCAGUGCAGCCACGCUUGCCGUACCAAUGAACGUAGCUAUUGGUCAGGUAGGUCAAAUUGUUGGUAUUUACAUCUACAAAAGCUCCGAGGCGCCUGGCUAUCCAACGGGACAUUUCACGAAUGCUGGAUUCCUCCUUGUUGGAGCGAUUUUUGUCCUUGUGUUGCGCACCGUAUACAUCCGACGCAAUCGCUCUCUGUCUAUAACAGAUCGCAAAUGGCAGCUCUAAGGCG